CAGCCUCAUUUCUGUAACCGCCGGCAGCUACAUUCUCUCUACCUCGUAUUGUCUAAGGACAUCUAUUACUCCUCCUACGAAUCCUUUCCUUCCUCUGCUCCUUCAUCAAUCUGGAUCUCUCCUUCCCUUCGUUACCAUGCUCAUUUCCUGUUGACCGCUUUCUGAACCCUGCGUCAUGUCACCGAACAAUGGCAUCAGCAAACUUGACUUUCCCGGCCCCGGAUCGCGUCGCCCUCUCCUACAAGUAGAUCGAGAUAGUAGCAAUGAAAGGCGAAGUCAAGACACAAGCUAUGCGGGCAGCUUCUUCGAGCAAGUUGCAGAAGGCAUACAGGCACGCGACCGAAAGAGGAUGCAGCGCGAAGUCGUACGGUACUUCAGCUUCGUCUGGGCGUUGGUGAACUGCUCAUGUGCCGGAUCCAUCACUGCGUAUUCAUUGUACGGAGGAAUGUUUCAAAAGCGCCUAGGCUACUCGCAGUAUGAGGUCAAUUGGGUGUCCAUCGCAGCUGAGCUCGCGAUGUACCUGCCUGUGCCAGGUUUCGGAUAUCUGUGUGACCGAUACGGACCACGUCUACCAUCACUCCUCUCUGGCUUUCUCUUCGGACUGGGCUACCUGCUAGCAGCUUUCACAUAUAAGAGUGGCCCUCCAGUAUCCAAUGGUGGCGAUGGCUGGCCUAUCGGGAUCAUGAUAUUUUCAUUCGUUUGCGUUGGGAUGGGUACCUGCUGCAUGUAUGUGUCCGCAGUAUCGACGUGCGCAAAAAAUUUCGGUCGGGGAAAGAAUAAGGGCGUCGCCCUUGCUCUACCUAUUGCUGCCUUUGGGCUGAGCGGAAUGUGGCAGAGUCAAGUCGGGGACAAGCUUCUAUAUGAGCGUUUGGCCGACGGCUCGACAAACGUAGACGUCUUCAAAUACUUCCUGUUUUUGGGGAUCCUCCUGCUAAGCGUCGGCACUAUUGGCCUUUUCGCUCUGCAAAUUGUCAAUGAAGCUGAAAUGAUCGAUGAAGCUAUUGACGAGCUCGAGCAAAGCGGCUUCCUAUCUGAAUCUGAGUUCUUCUCUCGGGCUGCCGAUAUACAUGGCUACGGUACUUUGAACACAGCAGAUCUUUCAGCAUCCCAAUUCUCGUUCCUGAACCAUGAAGCGGAAGUCCUACAACGACGCGCCGAAGAAGAGGCCCGUAAGAAAACCUGGCUUCUCAAUGAGGAGACUCGCCGCUUCCUGACCGACCAAACUAUGUGGUACCUUGCCGCAGGCUUCUUCCUUCUCACGGGCCCUGGUGAAGCAUAUAUCAACAAUGUUGGCACAAUCAUCCCGACUCUAUAUCCGCCCGGUACCUCCGAGAGCGCUAUGGUAACACGCGCUACGCACGUCGGUAUAAUCGCCGUGACAUCCACUGCAGCUCGCAUACUCACUGGCAUUGUCUCUGAUAUCUUGUCGCCUAUAGCCCCAAGCGGCCAACACAGACGCGAUCUCUCAUCAUCUAUCUUGUCUCUCUCCUCUCUUCCAUCUCUCUCGCCGAAGAAGUUCACACUUUCCCGCAUAGUAUUUCUCCUCGCCUUCGCGAUCAUGCUCUCGAUCGGACAAAUCUUGCUUGCCUCGGGCGCGGCUCAGAACAAUGCGAUGGCAUUUGGAGCUGUCUCCACCCUCAUUGGUGCCGGCUACGGUGCCACCUUCAGUCUUAUUCCCAUCAUAAUCAGCGUGGUCUGGGGUGUUGAGAAUUUUGGCACGAAUUGGGGUAUUGUAGCGACCAUGCCUGCGUUGGGUGCAACUGUCUGGGGCGCACUUUAUGCAGCUGUGUAUCAAAAGGCUGGAGAGGCUCAGAGCCAAGGACAUACAACGGACACACUGUGCUAUGGAACACGGUGCUACGCCCCAACGUUUUGGGGCAUGGCAGUCAGUGUGUGGAUUGCGUGUGGACUCUGGUUGUGGGCGUGGAAAGGAGUGAACGGCUGGUACCGACGUGGUAUUGCGGUGUGAUCAAUACCUCUCUGUUGAUGCCGAAGCAGAAAGCCCCCAGAACGUUUAGCGGUAUACCUCUGAUCACUUCAUGCAUUUUGCGAGGCGUUUAAAUCUGGUUCCUUCGUUGCAACUAGAUGGUGGCACCAGUGCCUUUGUUCUUCUUGAGGCAUGCAGCGUUGCGGUUGAGUUUCUGCAUGCGAUACCCUGCACAGCAGAUUAUGACAAUGUCUUGUUGCUCCUGCUUACAUUAGCGUUGCUGCAUAUAUUUUGCUAUAUCUCGAAUGCGUUCACAUCUCAGAAUGUU